GCGUUGGUAAUUUUCUAAUGAAAAUAAACUUUGAAAAUUGAAAUAAUUUAUUAGAUGAAUAUUCAGUUGCACCCAUCACUGCAUAUUGAAAGCUGUUUGGUGAUUUUCAACACGAAUAGCGUUAAUUAUAAAAGGUGACAUGAGAAGUAUUGGACAUGUAACGCUGGUUUUGAAAUGGUGGUUUACAGACUCAUUUGAAAUGGAGAAAUAUCAUACAUGUAUCUAUAAGUUAUUUCCUUUUGACUGUGAAUAUAAGAUAACUACUUAAAAUGUCACAGAAUGUGAAUUACGAAGUGAAGCAAUUCAGGUGCGGAAUAUGUUCAAUUGAUUUUAUGGAUAGCCAGCAUUUACUGAGCCACAUGAAAAUACAUACUGGGGAGAAAUCAUUCAUGUGUGCGAUAUGUGGUGCUGCUUUUCCUCAAAGAUGUAAUUUGAAAUACCACAUGCGAAAACACACAGGUGAAAAACCAUACAAGUGUGAGACCUGCUCUGUGGCUUUUGCACAUGGAACUGAUUUGCGUAAACACAUGAGAAUACACACAGGGGAAAAGCCAUACAAGUGUGUUUUAUGUAAUGUUGCUUUUACUCAAAAGUCGGCUUUAACAGGACACAUGAGAAUACACACUGGAGAGAAGCCACACAAGUGUGAGACAUGCGGCGCAGCUUUUUCAUAUAAAAGUCAUUUAGUGGGACACAUGAUAAUACACACUGGAGAGAAGCCAUACAAGUGUGAGAUAUGCGGCGCGGCUUUUACACGUAAAACUCAUGUAGCGGGACACAUGAGAUUACACACGGGAGAAAGACCGUACAAAUGUGAGACAUGUGACUCAGCUUUUACCCAUACAUUUCUUUUAAAGGCACACAUGAGAAUACACACAGGAGAGAAGCCAUACGAGUGUGAGAAAUGUGGUAAAGCUUUUAGCAUGAAAAAUUUGUUAAUGAAACACAUACGAGUACACACUGGAGAAAGACCGUUUAAGUGUGAAAUUUGUCAUAAAGAUUUUUCUCAAACUACUCAUUUACGGGUUCACAUGAGGCGCCACACGGGAGAGAAGCCAUACAAGUGUGAGGCAUGUGACGAAGCCUUUAUAAGGAAAGAUGUAUUAAAGAGACACAUGAAUCAACAUAUGGAAAAAGAGUCUGAAGGGAGUUUCAGUUUAACUGUUUGCGACUAAUACAUGUACAUUGUAUGAACAGUUUAUGGCAUUUAUUAUAGAAAAUAGAAAACAAAUAUUGCAUUAAUUAUCUUUUAAAUUGUUGAAAUUGAGGUAGGAGUUAUUUUACUUACUCAUAUUAUUGAACAGCAAACAGCACUCAUUGGAAAAGUUUAUUUGAAUAUAUAUAAUCAUAAAGAAUCGGUAUUUAAUAGCGUUACUCUUUUCGGUGGAAAACUUUUCCGAAAAGGCAUUUUUUGUCAUUUUAUGAAAUGAUUCGCCUUGGCCGAAGUAUUUUGCAAUAUUCCCAUCAUAUGCACUUACAUGUAGUUCAUGAACAGAAAUGUAUGUUGCAUACCCAAGCUAUUUAAGUAAAUAAUAAGGUUUCAAAAAUGUGUUCUUUUCAAUGUGUAGCACAAACAAAGUUCUCCAUAUGAAUUAGUAUAUUAUAUUAUGUUUCCCAUUAUUUAGUGUUAUAUUGUUACAUAAAUGUUUAAGUAGGUUUUAGAAUGCAAACAUAACUAUAGAUGUACCACUUAUUAAAAUAACUAUUCGGUUUUCUAAAACUUAUAUGAAUGAGAUGAAUAGUAGAGGUAUUUUAAUGAUUGUAACUGCUGUCAUUGUUAUGAUAAUGUUAGUUGUCAAUGCUGUUAUUGCUAUGAUAAUGUUUUUGUAAGAGCGCGGAAAUAAAUUUUACAGAAACAUGUA